AUGACGUCGAAACAACACAAGUUCGAAAACAUGGCUCUGGAUGACCCGGACGACAGAUCCAGCACAGAGGUGGAGGAUUCAUUAAUGGGUAGAGAGAAGCAGUGGCAACUCGAGGGGCUUCCAAGGUCAGCAGGGAACUCAAGAAGAACCCGGAUAUGUGCUACCCUGAAUUCGUAUCGGUGGAUGAUCGACACGUUCUUGCUGCUCCUCAUCCUCGGCCUCGUCGUUCGAGGGCAACUAAGGGAAACCCCACUGAGCCCAUUUGACUUCAACGGCGAUCUGACGGGUGUCGGGCCGAGAUUUUCUCAACAAAUAAAGACAUUCAAGCCUGACUACGACUUCGCACCGCAGAACGUCUCGGAAUUUUUCACCAAUGAGACUUUGGAUAAGUGGAACGAGAUCCUCCCUAAGGGAAUGGGAUUCCAGCUAGUCCAGGAGCCCGAAAAGUACCACGACCUGCCCACUCCGAUCAUUUGGGACGAAGGUACGACCGUGUUCACCACGUCGGUCACCCACCAGUUGCAUUGCUUGUGGGCCAUCGUACAAACAUACUCGGGGUUGAAGUCUAACCACACAUUACCCGACGACCACCACUGGCACAUGAUCCACUGCUUUAGCUACCUGCGCCAGACCAUCAUGUGCUGCGCCGACACCGCCAUCGAAGGUCUCGAGACGACGUUCCCCGACCACAACGGCGGCUCAGACGGUUGGGACUCAAAGCAUGUAUGCAAGGAUUACGGUCAAGUCAAAGCCUAUUUGGAGAGCGUACGCGCAUAUGACGCCCAAGAGAUCUUCUAG